GGAACAAAAAGUACUUUACAUGUGGUUGAAUAGCAGGUUUGUCAUAUCACAAUGUUCCUGGACAAGAUCCAUUUAGCAUUAUAUCUCAUCUUCGUGAACUCUGUGCUGGUAAUAUACUGUCAGUCGACAACCCUUUCAAGUGAAAUGUGUCUGAAAAAAGCCCUGACUAUACACAGAUCUUUAAAAGCCAAAAACUGUCCUCUUCGACAUUUAGAAGCCAAAACAGAACGAGAGCGAUGUUCUGUUUCAUGCAACGGAACCUAUACUAUAAAAGAACCGGACCCGCAUAGAAAAUGUGUUGGAUUUAAUAUCAAAUACAAACUUGAAGAAACAUUGAUAACAUACAUAAAAGUUUUUCCUUGUGAAAUACUAAAUUGUUCACUAGAAGUUGUAGAUUUUGAUUGUACGUUCAACAGGAGUCAUACUGAAUUUACAGAAGGAGAAAAAAGAUCAUGCAUUGAUCCAGGUACCAGUGUGGUGAUAAUUCUAAGUUGUUUAGUUGGUGGAAGCUUAAUUGGAAUCAGCGUCUUUGUUCUCGUUAAGCGUUUAAGGACAUAUAAACGCAGCUUGAUUGGUAGAUUACAACCUCCUCCAGUUUUUUAUCAGCCGAAUUACGGGGAUAGUGGUGACUUACAAGGGGAGAGAACUGUAACGAUUGGAAGUCCAUUGGAGACAGAGUAUGCGGACAUUGAGGAGACAAUCAGGAUGGUAGCGAAGGCCAUACAAGUUCCCUCCUACAAAGAAGAUAGCUCAUCAGAAACAAGAUCUAGGGAAAAUAUUUAUCAUCAUUUAAGUUUAACUGAAGAUUCAACAAAAACGGAGAACAGUGCCAUACCCUCAAACGAUUGUAUACCAGAUAACUUUGCGGACGAUGUGAUUUUAAGUAAUAAAGGAAGUCCGUCAUUUAAAUCCGUUGUGAUUUGUGCAGAUAGUUCCUCUUCAAAAUCUAAUGGCAAUUCCAAAGUGUCACCGACAGGAAGUUUGGGAAGUGACAAAUAUUACGCCCUGGAAAAGGAAUAUGUAAUUUUCAAUUCUAGUAACGGCAACAAAUGAAGUAUAAUCUUAAUUCAUUGGUCCUAAGAGGUUCAAUGUAAUUGCUUUUGAAAAGGAUAUUUGUCAAAACAUAUGGCAUUGGAGCAUUCAUUAAAAAUAAAAAUUAA